CAUGUAGCCCAGUGGUAGAGAGAGGAUGGUCGCUGCAGCGUUCCUCUGCGUCCUUCUUGCUCUGUGGUCUGGCUCACGGGGCGACUCCAGUGCCUUCCACAAGGCGCGUGGGACAUCAUCAACUCCACCCGGCUGCGUAAAGGUCAAUCUUGAGAAGCUGUCCUGCAGCAACCUGAACCUCACCUCCGUUCCCGCCAGAGUGGAGCCGGGGCUAAGGAGACUGGACGUGUCCAACAACCGGAUCAGAGACACGGGUGUGCUGGACCUGAGGUCUCUGCAGGAGCUUGACGCCAGUGGGAAUGGGCUGCGAUUCCUGCAUGAGGGGACGUUCCAGGGGAUGUUUAGACUGCGUACACUGAUCCUCGCAGGGAACGCUCUGAAUGAGGACGCUGACUCCAGCAGCGUUGCAUUCUGGGACCUGCUCGGGCUCCACAGCCUGGACAUGUCCUCCAACGGUCUGAACGACAGCGGCGCAAAACUCUACUUGGACAAAAUCUAUUCUCUGAACCACUUGAAACUCGCGGGUAAUGCCCUCACCAAGCUCACGUCCUCGCUCUUCUCCAGGAGCCAUCUACUCAGGAGCCUCGAUGUGGAAAACAACCUCAUCCUGGACAUCGAGGAGGGCACGUUUGAGGCCCUCAAGAGGUUGGCCUGGUUGAACCUGGCAGGUAACAACCUGGCCUGCAUAUGUGAUUUUAGACUUCAUGGGCUCAAGUUUCUGAACCUCAGCAGAAACUCCAUAGAGUUCUUCCUCACCCAUUAUAGUAAUGAUUCAUAUCAGCUGGAAAAGCUUGACCUGAGCUACAACAGCCUCCUUUAUUUUCCCAUGCUCCCCAAAAUAAAUAAAUUGCGAUAUCUCCAUUUACAGAACAACAAGCUGGGCAUCUUAGUACCAGAAAGAUCCAUUUUAGAAGCAAGCUCUCUGUAUGAGGAAAUACAUUACGGAACAGAGGGAAGCUAUGAGAUGUAUUCUGAUCAGAGCCUGGAGCUACUGGCUCACUUGGACUUGAGCAACAAUCAGUUGACAUCUUUCCCUUCAGAAACUCUGAGCUACUUGCCUUCCCUGGAGGCCUUGAACAUGAGCAGCAACUGCCUGCAUGGUUUUGGCCACAGUGCCAUCCAAAAAAACGGCAGCCAAUCGGGCGCCCAGAAGCCAGAGCUCCUCCCCUCAUUGCGUUCCCUGGACCUGCAACGCAAUCAGAUUCGGUCCCUCGGACUGGCCGAGGCCCUGCCAGAGAUAGAAACGCUAAACCUCUGGAGCAACCUGGUGAACCCAUGCCCUGGCAACCAAUCAGAGCCUUUGCAACCAAGGAACACCAGCGGUGCCCCCUGUGUCUCAUUCAGUACAGUCAAAACUCUGAGACACCUCAACCUCGGAGAGAAUGGUAUCAAGACUCUGUUCCCACACACGUUCCAGCACACUCCUCUGGUGUCCUUGGAUCUUUCCGGAAACCAGGCCAUGACAAUGGUGGGAGGUGCCCUUGAAGGCCUGCAGGGGACCCUGGAGCUGCUUAGCAUAUCCGGAAAUGAGAUGCAGAGCUCAGACCUCAGUUUGCAGUGUUUUGGGGUGCUAAGGAGACUGGAUCUGGCCUGGAACAGGCUGGAGGUUCUACCCGACUCUCUGGGCUGCUCCCCACUGCGGGAACUGGAUCUGAGGCACAACGAUUUCGCCUUGCUCGACGAGCAUCUCCUCACCUGGCCAGCUUCACGUCUGGAGGCUGUUUUUGUCUCUGGCAACGCUUUCAACUGCUGUACCGCUGGGUGGCUGGAGAACCUGCGAGGGGCUAAGGUUCGCAUCCCCGACCUGGAUGAAGCCACCUGUUUCUACAGCCGCAAUGGGGCCAUGUCUGCUCGUUCGUUAAGCGACUAUUACAAACUGUGCCACCCCCGUCCAAAACUUGUUAUCACGAUAGUUACUCUUCUCACUGCUUCACUUGUGUCCCUGAUCAUUAUCAUCAUCUUACUCCUGGUUAAAGGAGGCUCUUGCAAAAAAUGCUCUUCUCUCAAUUUGAAAAGCAACAAAGUUGCUUCAAUUCAGUAUUGUAACAAUGAGCAGUCGGCUGUCCCUGUGGCUAAAAUCAACAUGUAUGACAGUGACCAUAAGUAGACAAAAAUAUGGAAGCUUCGAUGUAAAAAUAUGAGCAAUUUCAUAUUACUGAGCUAGAUUUCCAGACUUCAGUUGACACAAUGUUUUUGACAUUUCUUGAAGUUCUACCAUCCUGGAGAUUUUCAUUUCGACCUUAAUUUGGUACAUCUGAUUCUACUGAUUAGCAACUCAAUAAGAUCUCUAGUUACUGAAUUAGGCAUGCUUUGUUAGGUUUGGAUGAAUACCCAAGAUAGAUCUCCAGGAACAGGGUUGGGCAGCCUUUGUCUAUGGCCUUUAUGGAUGUAUAAGGAGCUUAAUACAUAAAGCUGUGUGUUACUGUACAAAACAAUGCAUGUGUACGUGUGUGUGUGUGUAUGUGCAUGUGCGUGUGU